CCUGCCGGUUCCAUUCUGCUCGGGUGCCUGCUAUACACAUAUGUGUAGUGUGUGUGUCGAUUAAUGUUAGUUCCAUCCCUGAGCCAGCUGCAUAUUUACAUGCUCCUCUUGCACUUGCAGGCUUCCGGCCCAACAGCUUAUAGCUUCAAACUGACUUUUGCACACACCUGGCAACCUAUCUAUCGAUAGAUGAGGAGCUGGGUAUUCCCGGCAUCAGCUGCAGCGCGGCAGCAGCACGACGAGGAGGAGGGGGCGGCCUUGGUGCCACCGCCGUCUCCAAGGGAUCCGAAGGAGGAUGGGCCGCCGCCGUGCAAGGACGACGCCGCUGAUCAUCCGGCAGCGGUACAACUUGAUCGUCACUACUGCUCCUCUCAGACGUCGACCGAACUGCAGGCAAAGCCGGCGUGGUGGUGGUCCUCGUCGUGGAGUAGCAGCAGGAGGUGGGGGAGCACGGUUGUGCCGACGAGGGGCGUGGCGAUGGUCAUCGGCGGUCUCGUCUUCCUCGCCUUAUUCCUCCUCGUCGCCUCCAUCACCUGGAGCAGAGGCAGCAGCUGGUGGAUCCACAUCCACCUCGACUCGUCGUCGUUUCUGCUCGGCGGCGGCGGCGGCGUCAGGCAGCAUGGACGACGGCCUCCUCACCACGCCUCCUCGUCUGCAGGGAACCUCGUACCCAUACCCUUGAGCUGCGGCAACGCCACGCCCUCCUCCUCCUCCUCGGGAACAUGCCACCGCCGUCGCGCAGCUGCUGGAACGUCGCCGUCCCCAUCUCCGUCUUCAUCAGUUGAGCUGCACAUGUCCUCAUCCCAAGGCGAACGAGCAGCUCCUCCUCCUCGGUGCCCGGAGUACUUCCGGUACAUCCACUCGGACCUCUCGCCGUGGCGGGAGACGGGGAUCACGCGGGAGGCGGUGGAGCGCGGGCGCGACCGCGCGGCGUUCCGGCUGGUGGUGGUGGGCGGGCGCGGGUACGUGGAGACGUACCACCGCGUGUUCCAGACAAGGGACAGCUUCACGCAGUGGGGCAUCGCGCAGCUGCUGGCGCGCUACCCGGGCCGCGUCCCGGACCUCGACCUCAUGUUCAACUGUGAGGACAUGCCCGAGCUGCGCGCCGCCGACUUCCCCGUCCAGUCGGAGGCGCCGCCGCUGUUCCGGUACUGCAAGGACGACGCCACGCUGGACAUCGUCUUCCCGGACUGGUCCUUCUGGGGCUGGCCCGAGGUGAACAUCCGUCCUUGGGCUCCACUCCUCGAGGAGAUGGAGCGCGAGAGCCGCAGCCUCCCCUGGCCGGACAGGGAGCCCUACGCGCACUGGAAGGGCAACCCCGGCGUGUCCGCCGCGCGCGGCGACCUCCUCCGCUGCAACGUCUCCAAAGAAAUGGACUGGAACGCGCGGGUGUUCCGGCAGGACUGGGGCGCCGCCAUCCGCGCCGGCUUCAAGGACUCCAACCUGGCGAAGCAGUGCAAGUACAGGUACAAGAUCUUCGUGCGGGGGCGGUCGUGGUCUGUGAGCGAGAAGUACAUCCUCGCCUGCGACUCGCCCAUGCUGCUCGUCGCCACGCCCUACAAGGACUUCUUCUCCCGGGGCCUCGUCGCCGGGAGGCACUACUGGCCCAUCGACCCCGCCCGCAAGUGCCCCUCCAUCAAGUUCGCCGUCGAUUGGGGCAACGCGCACCCGGCGCAAGCGCGGCGGAUGGCCGACGAGGGAAGCGGCUUCGCCAGGGAGGAGAUGAGCAUGGACUACGUGUACGACUACAUGCUGCACCUGCUCACCGAGUACGCCAAGCUGCUCCGCUACAAGCCCACCGUCCCGGAGAAGGCCGUCGAGCUCUGCCCCGAGUCUGUGGCGUGCCCCGCGCAGGGCCGCGAGCGACAGUUCAUGACGGAGUCAAGGGAGAGGUACGUCGCCGACUACGAGCCAUGCACGCUGCCGCCGCCCUACACCGCCGACGAGCUCAGGGACAUGGCCCGCAGAGAGGAGGAGGUGCGCACCAAAGUGCAGAAAAUGAUGGAGGAGCAGAGGUAGCUAGCUGGCUAGCGUAAUUAGAUGACUGCAUCGAUCAGAGGCAGUAACAUGAAAUUCGAGAUAAUGACAAAUGUACAUCGAUCGGUUGAGUGAAUUGGAGCCUUCAAAUUAACAAACUUGAUGAUUAAUUGAUCAGCAGAUGACGAUCAUUAUAACCACCA